AUAAAAUGAUUACUGUUGUUUUCUCACAGUAGCAACUUCGCAACUGCCACCACCUCUACCUGUCACUCAUGAUAAAUGUGUUUACAUGGCUGCGCUUCCUGCUUCAACAAAGGGCAGUGAUAUCUUAAUGGUGUAAAUUACCGUUAAUUUGAUUAAACUUGAUUUUGUUUCCUCUAAAAUAUAUGGACACGCCACAUCCAUAAUUAUUAAACAGUAAUAGCACACAGAGCAGUGGUAGUAUAGCAAAUGUAGGAUGAGUCUGAAUGCACUCAUCGCUACAUUUACAAGAAAUGAGGGCUAGGUCAGGGCCGUAAUGCUGUCCUCCGUGUAAUGGUAAUGGAGGGUAAAGGAGACCAGAUACAGUUGUAACAUGUUUUGCGUUGCCUUGUAUUUUGCCUUGAUGCAAAAAAAUUCAAGCACAUGUGUCUAACUUCCAUCUAAAUGCCGGGGACAAUUGUAGUAUGCCAGUUUGAAGAGGUAAAGUAAACCGUAUGGAAACAGCCACCACCCAACAUAGUGGUGGAGUUUUUCCUGUCAGCUGUGGUCUUUAUACAGCGUUUGUUUUCAAACGGCCAGUGAGAUUUUCGCCGCAGUUCUCACCCACCCAGUAGCCUACUCUACAUCUACCUCGAUACAACAGUUAUCUUUUCUUAAUCCAGUACGUGUCUAUCUGCCAGAAAUGUUUCGUACGUAAAACAGGGCUAGAAGUUUAUGAUUAAGCCUAUUGUACUUCUAUAAUACUUGACCACCUUCAUUUACAUGCCGAAUCUCGUGUAGCAAAAGUGGCUAGCUGUGUCACUUGCUAGUUGCAACCGAUUGUAUGCCUCUUACAAUUGUCCCCAGCCGACCUCUCCUAAUAUUUGAUAAUUUAAAUAUAACACACUGUAAUGUACUAGCAUAUUGGAAAUCACUGAUCACAGCCACCUGUUGCUGUCAAAACGCAUCAUAUAUGCAGCAAAAUUAUAACUUUUUACAGAGAUUGAGACACAAGAUGACAUUUUGAACGUAGCAUUCUGAUGCCAUCACACGUGUUGCCUGUGAGUUCCAUCGGAUCAAUUUAAACAUGAGCUGAGAAAUGAAGCAUGUUACAACUGACCCCUUUUUACAACUGUACCCAGUCUCCCUAGUUAUGUUCGUUUCGAUAGAGUUUGAUUUUAGCAUUUGCUUGCGAGUCUGCAUUUUGCUAAACAAAUUCCUCCUAUAUAAACUUAAGCUCCAUUUGGAAGUCAUUGCUGAAAAUGUGCUGACAACCAAACAUAACAAAGCGUUGUUUAAUAAAGGCAAAAAUAUCGAGGAAUGGACAGAUGCGAGCAGGCUUUUCAGGCACGUGUGUCCCACACACCGCUGUCAUCGGAGGGGCAUCUGCUAAAAAGAUUAUCAUAAUGCGCUAGACGUGAUUGCUUUUUGAUUCGACAAGACAAGACAAGACAAGAUCCCCACUGUCUAAGUUCCCGUGAGUUUGUGAACGUAGUAAUACCGACUGUGAGUGUAAUUUAACCAGUUGUUAACCGAAAUAGCACAGCAAAACAAAGUAAAUGCUCUUUCAAGAGGCUGAAUAAAAAUGGGUCACUGUUCAGAAUGGUGUUAGUUAAUCGCUUUCUCUACAGGUGCUGCAAAUAGUGAAAUCAGAACCAUGGAGAGCGCCAAUCAACAGUUAGGCUCGGGGCUGAUGAGCGGGGCGUUAACGCUAGCCCGAGAGCAACCGACUGUGAUUCACUAAACUGUUUAUAUGCCCUCUUUUCCCCCUCCGCGACCCGUUUUCAGAAUUGAAGACUGACUGGCGCCGUCUCCUCCAAAAGCUCGGCUCGGAGCCAAGAUCUGGCCAGUGAGGAGAUGCACCUCGUUAGUCGAAGGCUGUCCGCGGCCAUGCAGACAGCGACUGCCAGUCAAUGGCUACAUUUACUCAGAAGCUUGUGCUAUUUCUGCAUAAGAGGCUUACCUAAUCCCAGAUGCAACAUCCAGCCUUUCAGCAAAGUCCAAAUCUGGAUCCACUGUGAUAUGGAUCAGAAAUCACGCGCAUAAGAGGGGGCUGGGCUGUCAUACAGCCGCUUCGCUUCGCCAAGUUUCCUCCGUUUGCAGGGCGGCUACUCUUCAACUAGAGAGUGACGGACACAAAGAUUGGCGAGGUGCUGAACUAAAGCGGACACACUUCGAUUGAGUCGGCGCAAAGUUUGGCAAGAGGCUGCCCGAGGGGGCUGGUGCAUCUAAGCGCGGAUCGAAAGAGACUGCUCCGUCACCGCCGAACCGUUUACAUGCAGCUACAGCAGCGGCGGCGGCGCUCGCAGGGACUCAAUGGCGAAACUCAGGGUCUCCUAUGAGUACUCGGAGGCGGAGGAUAAAAGUAUUAGACUCGGGCUUUUUCUCAUCGUUUGCGGCAUCCUGUCGCUGUUCAUCCUGUGUUUCUGCUGGCUCAGCCCCACCCUGCAGAGCUUACAGAGCAAGCCGGCGAACUGUACGGUGAUCUCCGUGCGGCGGCUGGAUGAGUCCUUCGAGUGCGUUUUCACGUGUGGCACCGAUUGCAAAGGCACGUCGCAGUACCCGUGUCUGCAGAUCUUCGUGAAUAACUCGGAGUCCAGUUCCGUGGCUCUUCUGCACAUCGACGAGCAACAGCUGCUGCUGAACCCAAAGUGUUCUUACGUGCCCAAGUGUGAGAGGGACAACCAGAAGAUGAAGGACGACGUGUUGAAGAUGCAGAACUAUUGGAUAGAGGACGGAAGCAACCAGUCAUUCCCCUGCUUCUUCAACCCACAGAGGCGGCCGGACGACGUGCUGUGGCAGCGCACCCACGACGCCAGCGUGCUGCUGCACUGCGUGCUGUGGCCCAUGGUCAGCCUACUGGUGGGCACGCUCAUCGUGCUGCUCACCGUCUGCGCCCGCAGCCUGGCAGUACGCGCCGAGGCCAUCCAGAAGAGGAAGUUUUCCUAACAGUCGCUCCGGGGCAGGCUGGUUUGGACAUCCACCUGUUUUCACCCCAGGGGUGCAGCAACGAGGUGGCUGCAACGCUAAUAUAUAUAUUUUCCCGUCCGGUUCGUUAGCUAUGGAUGCAAAGCAUGCUGGGACCAAGACGUGGCAUUCCCGAUGGGGCAGACAUUUUGCCCCCUGAUUGGUUAGUGAGAAGUGCCGUCCUCACAUAGGUGGGUUGUCCUCGGCCACAGUAGCACGGUGGCUGGAACUGGUAACACGCCCUCUCCCACGUGUAGAGACACUCUCACACUCCUGCUCUAACUGUCUGUCUUUGGCUCGUGCCUGUCAUUUGUUUUGUAAAAUUGUGUUGAUUCAGCUGGUGUUGAAGCUUAGGGCUACUCUACAAAGAAAGGUAGUUUGUGCUGCGUGUCUGUGUCUGUGUGUGUGUGUGUGUGUGUGUGUGUGUGUGUGUGUGUGUGUGUGUGUG